AUGUUCUACGCACAUUUCGUCCUCAGUAAAAGAGGGCCUCUGGCCAAAAUUUGGCUAGCGGCCCAUUGGGAUAAGAAACUAACCAAAGCCCAUGUGUUUGAGUGUAAUUUGGAGAGCAGUGUGGAAAGCAUCAUCUCACCAAAGGUGAAAAUGGCACUGCGAACAUCAGGACAUCUCUUACUGGGAGUCGUUCGAAUCUAUCACAGAAAAGCCAAAUACCUUCUUGCAGACUGUAAUGAAGCAUUCAUUAAGAUAAAGAUGGCCUUUCGACCAGGUGUCGUUGACCUACCUGAGGAAAAUCGGGAAGCAGCCUAUAAUGCCAUCACUUUACCUGAAGAAUUUCAUGAUUUUGAUCAGCCACUGCCAGACUUAGAUGACAUCGAUGUAGCCCAGCAGUUCAGCCUGAACCAGAGCAGAGUGGAAGAGAUUACUAUGAGGGAAGAAGUUGGAAACAUCAGUAUCCUACAAGAGAAUGAUUUUGGUGACUUCGGAAUGGAUGACCGUGAAAUAAUGAGAGAAGGCAGUGCUUUUGAGGAUGAUGACAUGUUAGUUAGCACCAGUGCUUCUAACCUCCUCUUAGAGCCUGAACAGAGUACCAGCAAUCUGAAUGAAAAGAUUAACCACUUAGAAUAUGAAGACCAGUACAAGGAUGAUAAUUUUGGAGAAGGAAAUGAUGGUGGGAUAUUAGAUGACAAACUCAUAAGUAAUAAUGAUGGUGGUAUCUUUGACGAUCCCCCUGCUUUGUCCGAGGCAGGCGUCAUGUUGCCAGAGCAGCCUGCACAUGAUGAUAUGGAUGAAGAUGAUAACGUGUCAAUGGGUGGGCCUGAUAGUCCUGACUCAGUGGAUCCUGUUGAACCAAUGCCAACAAUGACUGAUCAGACAACACUUGUCCCAAAUGAGGAAGAAGCUUUUGCUUUGGAACCCAUUGAUAUAACUGUCAAAGAAACGAAAGCCAAGAGGAAGAGGAAGCUGAUUGUUGACAGUGUCAAAGAGUUGGAUAGCAAGACAAUUAGAGCCCAACUUAGUGAUUAUUCUGAUAUUGUUACAACUUUGGAUCUGGCACCUCCUACCAAGAAGCUAAUGAUGUGGAAAGAAACAGGAGGAGUGGAAAAACUCUUCUCCUUACCUGCUCAGCCUCUGUGGAAUAACAGACUACUGAAGCUCUUCACACGUUGUCUUACACCACUUGUUCCAGAAGACCUUAGAAAAAGGAGGAAAGGAGGAGAGGCAGAUAAUUUGGAUGAGUUCCUUAAAGAAUUUGAGAAUCCAGAAGUUCCUAGAGAGGAGCAGCAGCAGCAGCCGCCGCAGCAGCAGCAGCAGCAACAACAGCAGCAGCAGCGUGAUGUUAUCGAUGAGCCCAUUUUGGAGGAGCCGAGCCGCCUCCAGGAAUCAGUGUUGGAAGCCAGCAGAACAAACCUGGAUGAGUCAGCCAUGCCGCCUCCACCCCCUCAGGGAGUUAAACGAAAAGCUGGACAACUGGACCCAGAGCCUGUGAUACCUCCUCAGCAGGUAGAGCAAAUGGAAAUACCACCAGUAGAACUUCCCCCAGAAGAGCCUCCAAAUCUUUGUCAACUAAUACCAGAGCUAGAGCUUCUGCCAGAAAAAGAGAAGGAGAAGGAGAAAGAGAAAGAAGAGGAAGAGGAGGAAGAGGAUGAAGAUGCUUCGGGGGGUGAUCAGGAUCAAGAAGAAAGGAGAUGGAACAAAAGGACUCAGCAGAUGCUUCAUGGUCUUCAGCGAGCUCUUGCUAAAACUGGAGCUGAAUCUAUCAGUUUGCUUGAGCUGUGUCGAAACACAAACAGAAAGCAGGCCGCAGCAAAAUUCUACAGCUUUUUGGUUCUUAAAAAGCAGCAAGCCAUCGAGCUGACCCAGGAAGAGCCAUACAGUGACAUCAUCGCAACACCUGGACCAAGGUUCCAUAUUAUUUGAGGAGCUAGAGAGGCAUUAGAGCUAGUGAUCACUCACUAGUGCGUACAAAUUGCCCCCGUGCGUAGGGCACCCAAAACCCUUUAAGAAAAUUUUUUAGAGUUUUGUCUGUACAAAAUCUGCCUUUUCUUUCUUCAUUUCCCCCUAAUGUUUUUAAUUUGUCUUUUUCAUCUUUUAAGGGAAACUGCUUAUGUGGGUUGGGUUUGUGUUCCAGUGGAGAAAACAGUACCCCAAGAACCCAGAAGACUCUUUUUAGCAGUUCAGAACAGAUGUGUGCAAUAUUGGUACAUGUAAUAAUGGAGUAACAGUCAAAAGUCCUCAUUUGAUCUUAGUCUUCUGUUACUGUGUUGAAAAGGAAAACUGCCUAGGAAAAUGCCUGACACUUUAAAGAGCUGUGGUUUGAGUCCCUUGACAGGAAGAGAAAGUGUCCUCGAGUCAAUAAACUGGCAGUCUGGUUAACCACUGUACUUAGAGAUAGUACGUAAAGCAGCAGGGGUUAUCUUCUUGAUCAUGUUUCAAAGUCUCUGUCUGUAAUGAGCAAGAAUUUGUGAAUUUGUGUUGUGACUGGUCCUCUUCAACUACAGAAAGAGCUCGCUUGGUGGAAGCAUUCUGUUCUGAAAUCAUUCCAUUCGAGUCUUACGAACUUUGCUGUCCUGAACUCUGGUGUGUUAGUGCAGCUCUGGAAUGAUCAGAAAUAGACUUGUUACGUUACAAUGGCAUGACUCUCCAGGAGCUGCAGAUCACUUUAAGAGACGCUUGGGUAUGUUUGCUUGUGAAAUAAGAUCAUGAAAAUAGAAAUUUCCCCUGCCUGUUAAAGGGCAUACUGAUGAGAAAUCAUACCCCCAGGUUGACUUGCCUUUAGCAAACAGUGCUGUAAAAACUCAUGGCUUCUCUGAUAUUUAUUAUGAAUGUUAGUUCUGAGCUCUUUCCAAUGCUGCACACUCCUGUGUUUGGAACUUUAUUUUAUUAGCUUUGCAACUGUAAACCUAUAUCCAGUUUCCUAUAAUUUAAAUGAAGAAAAACAUCCAGAUAAAGGCUUUAUUAUUAACAGACCAGAUAGCAUCAGAAAUUAUGUGACUAUUAUAAAUAUCAAAACAUGUCUUAACUUUUUAGGGAAAAAUCAUGUGAAAGUUCUAGCUUAAGUGUCAGCACUUUUGUGGGAAAAAAAAAAGUCACUUUUAAAACUCAGAUUCCGUGUAUACCAUUAAUUUAAAAUUAUGUGAAAUAUUUUAAAUUUGUGGACUCAUAAUUACUAUUUUAAUGAUUCAGUUUCUUAAGAAUAGUAAUGGUAUAAAAUUCUACUGCAGUUUUAUUUUCAAUAUGAUGUGCCUGUAAACCAUGGAUUUCCCCCUGUGUAAAAAGACAUUGUAGAUAAUUGAAUGUUUGAUUAUAGAAAGGUCAUUAGUUUCUUGUUACACAUUUUGUUAGUCUGGUUUUUGUCGCUUAUUGGGUUUAAUAUUGUUCUUGAAAAUAGUUGAUGCUAUGUUAUGUAUAACUUUUCUAAUAAAAGUUGUGUUACAAGCUGUA